CGACUCAUAUGCGCGGUGUCGGAUCACAACACAACACACGCGUGGAGCGGAUGUAGUAAAACUUCUAAACAUGGCAGAGCGUGAAGCUUUACAGGCGAGGAAUAGGACGAGUAAUGACAAAGAUCGGCAAGCCCUGGAGGAAGCAGACGGAGACAUUGGUCUGUGUGGAUGGUUCCUGGUUUUUGUCUCCCUCCUGCUGACUCUGGCCACCCUCCCUGUCUCCAUAUGGAUGUGCAUCAAGAUAGUGAAAGAGUAUGAGCGAGCCAUCAUCUUUCGUUUCGGACGAAUUCUCAAAGGAGGUGCCAAAGGGCCAGGUCUGUUCUUUGUCCUGCCCUGCACCGAUACCUUCAUGAAAGUGGACAUGCGCACCAUUUCAUUUGACAUUCCCCCGCAGGAGGUCCUGACCAAGGACUCUGUGACGGUGAGUGUGGAUGGUGUGGUGUAUUACCGCGUGCAGAAUCCCCUGUUGGCUGUGGCCAACGUCACCAACGCCGACGCCGCCACCCGCCUGCUGGCUCAGACCACCCUCAGGAAUGUGCUGGGCACCAAGAACCUGGCCCAGAUUCUCUCUGACCGCGAGGAGAUCGCUCACACCAUGCAGAGCAAUCUGGACGAGGCCACGGAUGACUGGGGCAUCAAGGUGCAACGCGUGGAGAUCAAAGACGUCAAGCUGCCCAUGCAGAUGCAGAGGGCCAUGGCUGCUGAGGCUGAGGCCUCCCGGGAGGCCAGAGCCAAGGUGAUCGCGGCGGAGGGCGAGAUGAACGCGUCCCGGGCGCUGAAGGAGGCGUCUCUGGUGAUCGCCGAGUCCCCGUCCGGCCUGCAGCUGCGCUACCUGCAGACCCUCAACACCAUCGCCGCAGAGAAGAACUCCACCAUCAUAUUCCCCCUCCCCAUAGACAUGUUUAGUGCCUUCAUGAACAAAUAAGACACCCCCCCCCCCCACACACACACACACAUACACUUAUUAACACUGCAUACACUCUCUCUUACACAUUUCACAUGUGUACACUCACAGAUGCAGUUCAGAUGGCAUGAAACAUACUCACUAUCUUUGAAGUCAGAUAGAUAUUAGGGAUGCAAUGGUCCAGUGGGCCCAUGGUUCGGUAUGUUUCACGUUUUUUGGGCCAUGGUAACCGUAUGGUUUUCGGUACCUUUAUAUUUCGGAACAAAAUAAAAUCACCCUUAAAACUAUAAUCAAUUUAGACAAAUAAAACUCGACAAAUAAACGUUCUAUUAAGAAAAAUGGCAGCAUUACUGACUAGACCUGGUUUCUAACUAUUAAAGAGCGGUAAAUCGUUGGCUAUUAAUACUCCGGCUGCUUUAGUUAUUAUCUCUCCCAAGGUUUUUCGAUGCAGUUUGUUUGUUAGUUUGUCUGUUUGUAAGCAGGAUUACGCAAACACUUCUGGCUCUAUUUCCAUGUAAGGUGUAGCAUGGGCCAAGGAAUAACCCAUUACAUUUUGGAGUGGAUCCGAGGUGGAUCACGUGGCGGCUCCACAAAUUUAGUUUCACUUUUGCUAAUGUGAGAUUUCUGUGCGCUCUCCGAGUGCCCUUUUAGUUUCUUUUUAUGGUUUUUGUUACUUGUCACAAAUUGUUGUUGGAAGGCAACAGCGAGAGAUUGUUGUGUUUUCAUUCUCUACUUGCUCCACCUGGGAUAGAGCCUAGCGAUGGCAACGUAAAUGAGACAUCAUGUUAGAAUCGUUUUCACUCGAGUAGCCAACGGUGGCAAAGCAAUGCCUGCAUACUCUACUUUGUUUGUUCACGGCAUUCUUAUCCUCGUCAUCGUAUUGAACGUUGAAUCCAAAAUGUUUCCACACAGCGGAUUUGAAAAACGCAGUGCCUCUCCAAAUUUGCUUCUCUAUGUCUAGCUAGUGUUGGACAUUGUCAAGUUGGAAUUGCAAUUGGCAAGUUUUGAAAAUGAUAGGUAAUUGACAGGCGUACCGUAAUACCACGGUUCACAUGUGGGUAUUGAACCUUAGGGAGCAUACCGAACAGUUUGACAAUAUACUGUGUACCGUUGCAUCCCGAAUAGAUAUGCACACAAUCACAGUCCUGAUCUCACUAUUGGGCCAAAUACAGACAGCUUUUUACCACGGACAGCUUGUCACAUUAUUUUACUUUCACAUUUAAGUCCACCUUAUAGAUAGAUAGGUUGGUAGGUAAAUAGGUAGACGUAUAGAUAGUUUGAUUAAUGUAUUCAUCAGUUAAUUUAUUCAUUCAUUCAUUCAUUCAUUGAUAGAUUGAUUGGUUGGUUGGUUAGUUGAAAUGUGCUUUUGAAAAGGUGCAUCAAGGAGUUAUUAGUGCACCAUUUAUUUUGUUUUCAUGGCCCUCUUACAGUUUUUACACUGUGAACCAAAACACCAUACUCAAUAUUUAGUCUGAGACAUGUCAGACCUUGAGAAAGAAAUGGCCCGACAUCCAACACACACACACACACCACACCCGACAUCAAAAGCCUUUCAGGGAAUAGUUCAUGUUGUUUGUAUUUGGCCUAGGACAGUCAUCAUAUUGCUUGUAUACAGUACACAUAGGUCUUUGUGGUAGAAGUUUAAGUUAAGUGUAUGCAGGUCAUGAAAUGUUCUCCAACCAUUGUAGACUUUCAGAAAAGCAAAACUAGUUGGCAUCCGUCAGUAGGUCAUAGUAGGUAACCAAAGGAAACGUUAAGUUACCUGAACUUAGCUGUGCUGUAAACACGAAUGUUCCAAAAAUUGAAACACAUUCUCACUGCAUGACAUGACCAGUACAUCUCCUGCGCGCACACACACACACACACACACACACACACACACACACACACACACACACACACACACACCCAACACACUUAUCCACAUGUAAAGGAGCUUGCAGAGGGUAUGACUACAAGGAUUUAGGGGCGUUUCGGUACGUAUGCCUGUACAUGUGUGUUGGUUGUUUGCAUCUAAAUCUGGAAUCCCACACAAUAUCAAUGAUGGGUCAAUUUCACUGAAUGGUCAACAUUGUAAGCAUUUGUUAAGUUAGUCCUGAGAAUGAUUACAGUGUACGUCUGAGUCAUGGUUUACUGAACACAGGUGCCUGCCUGCGUGCGCACGCGAGUGUGAGUGUGAGUGUGCUUGUGAGUGUAUGGGAGUGAGCAAGCUGCUUUGAAUGCAAAGCAGAUCCAUAGUACUUUGUUAUGCUGUACCUGACUCUCUGUGUGUGUCUCUCUCUCUCUCUCUUUGUCUCUAUUGAUGGCCAUAUCUGACAACAUAGAGCCUUAAAGAGUGUUACAUGUUACUCUCACCUGCAAACAGACUAUGCACCUGGUUGUAUGUUUUUAACUGUUUAUCAUAAAUAUUUUUUUACUGCUACAAGCUCUUUUUUUAAACUAACAAUGCAUUGAAAGAUUUAGUGUUACAGCUAUUGAUCAAAGUGACCCUCUUUAUAUUAGCCAUGGCUAUGGGUAGUUGUAGUGAAAGCAAAUGAAAAUUGUCAAGUAUUUUAGCUGCCCUGAAACAAGCCUGUUUGGUCCACAGCCGGGGGACCUGCUCAGCCUACCAAUAUAACGCCUUGCCAGCGAAGUGAAUGGCCCAGUGUUGUAUGCUUAUUUUGUACUUGCGCCAAGUCUACUCUUUUUGCCCUAGGUUGCAGUUACAAAAGAAGUGAUGCGCUUGUUUUAGUUGCUUCCUGAUGCACUAUUGUGCCAUACGAUGUCCUCUAUGUAUGUGCCAAGCAGCACAUGUUACCACAAUGUAGGUCAAGUUCAUCCUUGUUUUGUUAAAUUUGUUUGAAUAUGAAAUACAAGUGCCAUAUAUCCUUGUGUACGAAAGUGGUGUUUUUUGUCAUAUGCCUCUUGAAUAUCAUUCUAUGUUGAAAAUGUUUACUGACAUCCACAUGUAAAACCAUAUAUAAAAACAUUAAACAACUAAAGGUUUUUACCAAA